AUGAGCCAACUGCGUGGCAAAUGCGUCGUGGUUCAAUUUGUGUCGGAAGUUGAAGAUCCAAAGGAUUACGUGAAGCUAAAGGACACCUUCUUCUACCGACUCAAGUACAAGCACAUCAGCUCUACCACUGGUAACGGGCACGGCAAUGGCAGCGGCAGCAGCAGCAACAACAACAACAACAACGGCAACUCAAUGCAGCAGCCAUUUCUCUAUCCACUGGAGGAGGGCAGCAUGCGCGUGGGUGCCGAGUACCAGGCGGUGGUGCCCCCGUUCGCCCUCUCCCAGGAGGAGCAGGCCGUUCACUACAAGGACCACUCGCCCGAGACGCUCUGCUACACGCCAAAGCACAACCUCUCGGAGGACGACAUUGAAGGCUUCGUCAAGGUCUGCCAGUCGGUGAGCACCUUCGGCCGAACAAAGGUGCUCGCCUUUGUCCUGCCCGCCGAGGAGCAGCAGCUACCUCCGCCUGGCGCCCUGGAGGUGGGCGCAAGCUCGGUGCGCGACUACACCACCCAGUGCGCCAUGGACAUGCUGCACAUCUACAACUACGACAUUGGGGCGGCCACGCUCAGCCUGGUGCCCAAGGAGAAGCCCGUCAUCUGCCAUGAGCCCCUGCAGAACUGGACCACGGAGGAGGUGGCCCGCUUCCGGGAGGGCUUCGAGAAGGUGGGCAAGAACUUUCGCGCCCUCCGCCAGCAGUACCUGCCCCAGAAGGAGCUGGGCCACAUUGUCACCUUCUACUACAUGAUGAAGCACUUUCUUUCGCUUAAAGGGCGCACAACGGAUGGUUCACCACCGUCGCAGCAGCAGAAGCAGCUGUCGCUCUCUGAAACAAGGCGCUCAUCUGAUGGCUCACCACAGUCGCAGCAGCAGAAGCAGCUGUCGCCCUCUGAAACAAGUUCUGGUGGCGGUGGUGGUGGCAGUCGCACCCUCUACGGAAAGUCAAGUGGCGGCGGUGUGACCAAGGCCAAGACGGCGGCCACCAAGUCUUCGCUGAUUGCCAACAACAACAACCACCACCACAACAUCGGCCAUCGGCUCGGCUGCAAGCGCAUGCUAAAGUCGAUUGACAUUCCCGAGCGCUACCACACCGACUGCCACGCGUUGAGCCCCGAGAAGAGCCGCCGUUGCGACAGCUGCCUGGCCACCCUCCUCUGUCGGACCUAUCCCGCCGGCAUGCUGGUGUACGCCCUCUGCCUCGACUGUCGGGCGCACUGGCAGCGGAUGGCCUCCUUUAGAAUCCUCGAUGCAUAA